CUCAACUUUCCGCUGAGAAAUAUGGCGCCUGUAGAGUUUAUCACUUAUUUCUGAAUAUUUUAUUUGAUAACUCCCAGAGGCAGUAGUUGAGCACGAUAUAAAUACUUAUUUUUACUAGAAGAUGUUCGUAGUGAAAAGUAUCGCCGCGGAUCAUAAAGAUCUCAUUCACGAUGUUUCUUAUGACUUUCAUGGUCGCAGGAUGGCGACGUGCUCCAGUGAUCAGAGUGUCAAGGUCUGGGACAAAGAUGACAGUGGAGAAUGGCACUGCACUGCUAGCUGGAAGACUCAUAGUGGAUCCGUGUGGAGAGUAACAUGGGCGCACCCUGAGUUUGGUCAGGUGUUGGCGUCUUGCUCAUUUGACCGCACUGCAGCCGUAUGGGAGGAAAUAGUUGGCGAAUCCAAUGACAAACAGCGAGGUCAAAGUCACUGGAUAAAGAGAACCACGCUGGUGGACAGCCGGACAUCAGUUACUGAUGUGAAGUUCGCACCGAAGCACAUGGGUCUGAUGUUGACCACCUGCUCUGCAGAUGGUGUGGUGCGCAUCUAUGAAGCCCCUGAUGUGAUGAACCUCAGUCAGUGGUCCUUACAGCACGAGAUCUCCUGCAAGCUCUCCUGUUCCUGCAUCUCCUGGAACCCAUCCAGCUCUCGAGCUCAUCCUCCAAUGAUAGCCGUGGGGAGUGACGACAGCAAUGUUACAUUCGGUGGCAAAGUGCAAAUAUAUGAGUAUAAUGAAAACACCAGGAAAUAUGCCAAAGCGGAGACGUUGGUGACUGUAACUGAUCUCGUUCACGACGUCGCCUUUGCUCCUAAUCUCGGAAGAUCCUUCCACGUGUUGGCCAUCGCAACCAAAGACGUCCGCAUUUUCAAACUCGUACCACUUAGGAGAGAGAGCACCAGCAGCUCUGCUCCCACUAAGUUUGAGGUGCAGGUGAUGGCUCAGUUUGACAGUCAUAACUCGCAGGUGUGGCGCGUCAGCUGGAACAUCACCAGCACUCUGCUGGCCUCCUCUGGAGAUGAUGGCUGUGUGAGACUCUGGAAAGAUUUAUCAUGUGCUUAUCACUUUGCUUCUUUCAAAUGUGGUAAACGAUACCAGGUCCCAGCUGGAAGUUCUGUUGUAAACGAAACGUUUCGGGAAUUGUUUGUCACGUUCUCUGUUAACUGUGCAGCCAAUUACAUGGACAACUGGAAGUGCACAGGGAUCCUUAGAGGAGACGGGAGUCCAGUGAACAGUUCUGGACACGCGGCUGCUCUUAAUGCGAUGGGGGUGUCUGCGGCGGGUCAGCUGCUUGUCGGUGCAUCUUCUGCUGGCAGAAAGAAAGCACAGCUGAUGCCUGGCUAAUGGCGUAAUGUCCUGAUUGGCUGCUUGCUGCAUGCACAGGAUUGGACAGACUGACCCCUCACCUGCACUGUUUGUGACACCUGUACACUCAUCCAACUACUAAUCCUACAAGAGUGUGUGUGUUUUCUUCAGCAGAUUAUGUUUUUCUAUAAAUGAACACUAUUAUACUAAACACGAUAACCCGGUCUUAACAAUUUUUUAUGUAACAUGGUUCAGUAUUAUUAUUUUGACAACAGUUAAAUUUAAGGUAAUUUCUCGAAACUGAUAUAAUGUGCGAUGUGCAUACUACCAGGCAAUUUUUAUCAGGUUUCCAGGAAUAUCAGAAUUAUAUUUAUAUUUAUUAUAUUAGAAUAUGAAGAAUAUUUUUAAGGUGUUAUUUUAGAACUUUUCCUAUUGUGACAUUCUCUGCCAUAAUUCAUUUAUAUAUUAUAGCACUUCUAAUUUUUAUAUAUUUUUGAUGUGAAAUAAAUAAGCUACCAAUUA